AUGAAUGAGAAUGAUUCAAACGAGAUCAUCGAACAGUUGGGCAUCUCAAAGAGACUAGGUAAUUCAAUACUGGAUGAACUAAACCAGAGAGCAUCCGAAACCAACCCGCUACUAAGGAAACAUGAGGAUACUGAUAAUGAGGAGGAAAGACCGGCAGAAUCUACUCCCACAGCACAUAAUCUUGUAUUCAACAAAGUGCACAACUUAAAUUUUGAGAACCUAACAGAUAAAGACCCAGAUUUUACGAUACAUAACGAUCCAUUGCACAAGAAGAAAUAUAAGUACAGCCCGAUCAAGCGUGUUCCAGAGGUCAAUGAAAUUACCAAAAAGAUAAGAAGACUCAAGUUAAGAUCGUCAUCGAAUCUGUCUUCCAGCGGUGGUUCGCCUGAGAAGCGCACUACAAAUGCAAGCAAUGUUGAGCAGAAAACUGAGCUUGCUCCAUUAAAGACGCCUAAUUUUCUUCGACCUACUUUCAAUUCCAUGAACCGAGCCAAGGAUACAUCUCAUAAAGUUGAAUCCAGUAGACGAACCUAUGGGAACUUGCUGCCGCCAACAUCCAGAGCAAUCCCUGCUGUUAAAGAGGCAGUACGGCAGGACUACACAAAAAGAUCUAUUUCAAUCCAAUUACCUAGGAAAUCGCCUGCCCCGCCGAAGAUACCCGAGCAGAGAUCGAUUUCGGACAGCUCUAGUAAUGUAUUCGAGAGGUUAUAUAAGCAGACUACUAUGUCACGAUCCAACUCGAUGGCAUUUGACCAACAGAACCGGAAGCAGUUACCAAAGAGCAGAACCAUAACAGGGCUCUCUAGUGUAGUUGGUGAUAAACAUAGGACGUUCCCAAGCAAGCAUUGA